ACUAGUCUAUGUCAUGCGCACUCGUGAAAGGGGAAUUCCCCAAGACAUUUCCGUCUUUCAAACAUUGGCACAGAUCUCUGUACAGAAAAUCCAAGUCUUAUCUGUCGAAAGUCACUGCAACAUCGUACACACAACCGAAAGAACUGUUUUUUUGUUUGAAGGCAGCGCAUGCAUUCGACAGUAUUUGUUGUAUGCUGUCUAUACGUUGGGCAGAGGCUCUUCUUGGAAUCCCUUGAAGCUGAACUUGUGUUCAUGGCCAGGAAAUUGUUAAGUACCUUGAAGGCGUGGACUAUAAAGAUGAUGGGUAUGGAAGAUGAAGAGAGAUACAUUUUCCCCAAAUCUCUUGAAGAGUUUGGAUACAGAUUCAAUGAAGAUGGCCAAUUGAGGCAUACAGUGACAGAUGAAGCAUUCAUAUUCAAGGUAUCAGAGGAACAUUCAUUUAACCAGCAGAGAUAUGAGGCUCUUGGAGAGAUUAUCACUGAUUACAUCUACCAUCAGAUGGAGGAGGAAGGUCUUCAACGCAUCAAUGUUCCUAUUGAUACGCCAACAGAGGAACCACACAGUUUCAUCUUCAUCAGCAAGGGUGCAUUAACCCAAUCGAAACUGCUUGUUCUGAUUCAUGGAUCUGGGGCUGUACGGGCUGGACAAUGGACGCGCAAGUUAAUCAUCAAUAAUAGUAUCAACCAUGGCUCACAGUUACCAUAUAUUCGCCAAGCAAUGACAGAGGGUUAUGGUGUCAUCGUUCUUAACACAAAUCUGAACACUGUUGGUGAUGGAGAUGAGGAGAUUGAGAUAAAGUACAACAGUUCACCUGAAUGUCAUGGGCAGUACGUGUUUCAGCACUUUGUAAUGAAGGCACAUGCAUCUUGUAUAGCAUUUGUUGCUCACAGCUACGGAGGAAUUGUCACGAUGGAGCUGAUUAAUAGCUAUCCUGAGUACUUCAAGAAGAAGGUGUUUGCUGUAGCUUUUACAGAUUCAGUUCAUGCUUUUCGGAGAAAAUACAUGUUAGAAGAAACACAACAUUUUUUCAGAGAGCGAGGAUGUAACUUUGCUGCCAGCUAUGCACCCAAAAACACUCGCCAAAAUGAAGAUAAUGAUGAGUGUCCUGCAGUAUCGGCAGGUACAGACAAACAUGAGUGGACGUCUUUCACUAGCUUUGACAUAUUGUUUGAUUUCUUGGCUGAGAGACUGUAUUUCUUUGUGAAAUCAGAAGAUCUAGAGGGAAUUCAAGUGGAUCAUAAAAUUUUGUACAAAUCAGAUGUGAAAGGAGACAAAACACCAGAUGCUGACACAACAGAGCAGUCUUCACAGGAUGCUGACACAACAGAGCAGCUAACACAGGAUGCUGACACAACAGAGCAGUCUUCACAGGAUGCUGACACAACUGAGCAGUCUCUACAGGAUGCUGACACAACAGAGCAGCUAACACAGGAUGCUGACACAACAGAGCAGUCUUCACAGGAUGCUGACACAACAGAGCAGUCUCUACAGGAUGCUGACACAACAGAGCAGUCUUCACAGGAUGCUGACACAACAGAGCAGUCUCUACAGGAUGCUGACACAACAGAGGAGUCUCUACAGGAUGCUGACACAACAGAGCAGUCUUCACAGGAUGCUGACACAACAGAGCAGUCUCUAUGGGAUGCUGACACAACAGAGCAGUCUUCACAGGAUGCUGACACAACAGAGCAGUCUCUACAGGAUGCUGACACAACAGAGCAACUAACACAGGAUGCUGACACAACAGAGCAGUCUUCCCAGGAUGCUGACACAACAGAGCAGUCUUCCCAGGAUGCUGACACAACAGAGCAGUCUUCACAGGAUGCUGACAAAACAGAGCAGUCUUCACAUGAUGCUGACACAACAGAGCAGUCUCUACGGGAUGCUGACACAACAGAGCAGCUAACACAGGAUGCUGACACAAGACAGCAGCUAACACAGGAUGCUGGGUCAACAGAGCAGUCUCUACAGGAUGCUGACACAACAGAGCAGCUAACACAGGAUGCUGACAAAACAGAGCAGCUAACACAGGAUGCUGACACAACAGAGCAGUCUUCAAAUGAUGCUGAGUCAACAGAGCAGUCUCUAUGGGAUGCUGAUGCAACAGAGCAGUCUCAAUGGGAUGCUGACACAACAGAGCAGUCUCUACGGGAUGCUGACACAACAGAGCAGCUAACACAGGAUGCUGACACAACAGAGCAGCUAACACAGGAUGCUGACACAACCAAGCAGUCAACACAAGAUGCUGAGACAACCAAGCAUUCAACACUGGAUGCUGAUGCAAUGAAGCAGUCAACACAGGAUGCAGACACAACCAAGCAGUCAACACAGGAUGCUGACACAACAGAGCAGUCAACACAGGGUGCUGACACAACAGAUCAGUCAACACAGGGUGCUGACACAACAGAGCAGCUAACACAGGAUGCUGACACAACCAAGCAGUCAACUCAAGAUGCUGAGACAACCAAGCAUUCAACACUCGAUGCUGACACAAUGAAGCAGUCAACACAGGAUGCUGACACAACAGAGCAGUCAACACAGGGUGCUGACACAACAGAGCAGUCAACACAGGGUGCUGACACAACAGAGCAGUCAACACAGGGUGCUGACACAACAGAGCAGUCAACACAGGAUGCUAGCAAAACAAAAGAAACAAUCUUGCCUGUGAAAACUUGAUUCAUUUGUGUUCCUGAAAAAGGGUUGUACCUUACAGUCCAUUGAGAAUUUCAAAUCUUGGCCUUGUAUGCACUUGUCUUCUUUUACCUAGAGCAUCAUAUAUUUUGCUAUUACUAGUACCUCUGACAUCACCACACUUUGUACUUAAUGUUUCUUGUUAUCAUUAAUAUAAAGAAUAAAUCAUUGCUCAUUUAAGCAACUGUCCUAAGUCUAACAACAUUAAAUUUUGUUAAAUGUCUGAACAAGUUAAUUGAAGAAAGUUUUUGGCAUUUUGUGCUUUAAACAAUACUUUUAACUUUGACACAAUUAUCUGUCCAGAGAGUUUUUGCAAUAUCAAUUAUGUGGUCAAUCCUGCAGCAAGAAGAAGACUUAGACCUAAUUUUAUAAGCCUUUACUUCUUAUAUUACUGUAUUGUUCAUGUCAAGAGCUGGUUUUGGACUAGUGUUUAAUUUGCAUAUGAAAAUCCAGUAUUCUGCAGAGGCAAUAUUUUAUUGAUUGGCUCAUGAUAUAUACUCUUUCAUGUAGAUGGGUUUAUUUUAUUUAAUUACAGGAGUCACUAACUGUAUCAAAGUUUACAUCACUGAGACACCUGCUACUAUUAUUGAAUGUAAACGUCUUAAUUUGGUUCCCUUAUGCAUCUUAAUUUACUAUCAGCUCCUUUUAUUGGCUGAAAGUCACAAAUGGUCCAAUAAGAAUUGAGAAUACACAUUUUUCAAAUAUGGUAGGCACAGUUUUGAUAAUGCCAAAGUUCUAUCGUAGGAUCGCCGACCACAAGUUAUGUUAGCGAUAUACAGAAUAAGUCGCAUGGCUCACCUGAGAGUGACCAUGAUGUCAGACUGAGCAAAGGCAGAAAAACAGAAAGAUAGAAGUUUUCAUUGAACCUGAUUUUGUGACUACACGUGAUUGCAGCGUAACUCAGAAAGAAAUACUACGACAUGUUCACUUUGUAUACCAGUAAAUCAUGUGAAAUCUAAUUCAAUAACAAAGCUACAUUCUAAUUUUAUACAUUGAUUAUACCUUUCUAUUAUAGAUCUAUAGUUAUAUGAUAUUUGUAUUUUUGAUAUUUUUUUAUUUAUGUAUUAAAACUGUCAAUGUAUAUAUGUAAUCAGCAGGAGUGGUAUUAAUAUAAGCAUUGUUGCUUGUUUACCAAUCCCCAUUUCAUUCUACAUGUAUGUGAUGAAAUAGAAAUAUGUUUAAACCAAUUUUAUAACUAUUACCUUGAAGAGACAUAAAGGCAGUGGUCACAAAGAAGCUGUUGAGGCUAAUUAUAUAAGACAUUGGACAUUGUUGCUGCAUUCUUAGGCCCACAUUGAAAUUCUGUUUAGCUCAUGAUCAGAACCUAUUGUUAUUAUUAUAGAGACCCAGGGCAGCUUUAUUGAAAAAGCUAAUUGGUUUAAACAUAUUUAUUUUCACAAAAGUGUGAAAAUGGAUUGGUAAACAAGCAAAGCGCUUAUGUUAAUACCGCUCCAUUACACAUAGGACAUAUUACAAUGAAUACAUAAAUGAAGGUUAGAUGUAUAACAAAUAAAUUGUACAUGCCAAGCUAGAUGUGUAUAUAUAAUAAAUCUAUUUGCAGUUUAUUUUAAACAAUCGUUUAACUGAAAAUCUGCCAGUUUGUAAUAUAAAGUGUUGAAUAGAAUCUUAUAGUAGCAUUUGCUCUUCCUUACUCAAAUACAAAUUUCUGCAUAGCACUGUUUGUAAAGAAUAACCAUGUUGGUAAAAAUACAUUUCAUUUCGAAGAGCAUAGUAAUUUGUACACACAAAAAAGAAGCGUAGAGCACCUUCGGUAUGAUAUCCACAGGAACAAGUUUUUGUAUCAAAGAUAUAUCUAUUAUACUGAUCUGCAUUAAGAUCGCUGCAGCCAAGCCUGAGGCGACUGAAUGAUUUGGCAUAAUCUGCUUCCAUAAUUUAAAUCCCAGUGUAAACCAUUAUCUCCCUUUACUUGAAGCAGAUACUUAAAUUGUGUAAUGGUCUCUGCCCCCGUCAGAUUUUCUGGUAAAAUAUUCCGAAGUUGUGUUGUAGCUGGUAUAAAUGAAUCUGCAUAAGCUUUUGUUUUACACUUCACUGUUUGAAGAUUAGUUUUAUCCCUUUAGUCAUAAUUUGUGUUUUCUGAAACUGUAUCAGGAAUAAACCUACAAAGAUAUUCUGGGGAUAAAUGCUUAUUCAUUUUGUAAAACAUUACCAGUUUUAAAUUGUAUCUUCUGUCUUUUAAUGACCUACAAUUUGUUUCAUUGUAAAUCUUCUGAUGACUCGUAUCCCGGAAAGCGCCACAUAUGGUUCUAAGAGCAUCUAAGUGUAACUUUUCCAAUAAGUUAGCUUGUUUAUUAGUACAGUUGUCCCAAAUAUGACAACAAUAAUAAAAAAUUGGUAAAAUAAAUUAUUUGUACAUAGUUUCUAAGGUAGUUCGGGAUAGAUGAUAUUUAUAACUCCUUAAAUAGUUAACCAGAGGACAACCUUUCCUUACAAUAUCAUCAAUGUGCAUUUUCCAUGUACAAUUACUUUGUAAAGUAAUACCUAGGUGCUUAUGACUUUAUACAUCUUUGAUUUCUGUACCAUUCAUAUAUAAGUAAGGUUUGGGACUAGGGUUUACCUUACGGGUAAAUUGAAUAGAUUCUGUUUUUUCGGGACUAAAUUUAACUUGCCAUCUGGCAGCCUAUUCUGAAAUUCUGUCCAAGUCAUUAUUGAGAUUACGAGCCCCUAUAUCAGGAUCUUCUAUGAUCACAUACAAAGAUGUGUCAUCAGCAAAAAUUCUUAUAUUACUAUGUAUUCCUUCAACAAUGUCAUUGAUAUAGAUAAUAAACAAUAAUGGUCCCAGGACCGAGCCCUGUGGCACACCUGCCAAGACAGCUUUUGGAUCUGAGCUAUAGCCAUUUAUAACUACCUUUUGAUAUCGAUUUUCUAAGUAACUAUCAAACCAUCUCAAUAAAUUUCCACAAAUACCAUAAAGGUGUAGCUUAUAAAUUAUUCCUUUGUGCCAAACUUUAUCAAAAGCUUUACUUGCGUCACAAAAUACAGCUCUAACUUCCUUACCUUCAUCUAAAGCCUUUGCAAUAAAGUCAUAUAAAUAUGUCAACUGAUUUGAGGUGGAGUCUCCCUGCAUGAAUCCAGAUUGUAGGUUAGUGAGCACAUUAUUAUUCCUUAAAUAGUCAUACACAUGUUUAAAUAUACAUUUUACAAAUAUCUUUGCUUAACAACUUGUGAGCGCAACCGGUUUGUAAAAGCUAAUUAUGGCUAAUUAUGGAAAUUUCUCAGACAUUUUCACUCCAAAUGUAAUGAAAUUUGGUAUAAGUGUAGCUAAUAUAGUGGGGCUCAAAAAGUAUUCCAUUUUGGUAGACAUUUUAGAUUUGAACCUGAUUUGACCUUUGCCAUUCGAAUAUGCUCUUUAUUCUCUCCAAAUGCUGUUUAUGUUUUGUAAAAUUUCACAGAAACCACCGGACCAAUGAAUCUGAGUCUUCACAUACUUGUUUCCACCUCUAAGGAAAUGUGAAGAGGUUUUAAUUCAAUUUCAAUAAAGCUGCAAUGGCAGCAACAUUGAAAAACAUAUUUAUGAUCAUUAUUCUGUAAUUUUGCGUCAAAUUGAAAUACAAUUAGGUAGUUGUGUAGUUAGUAGUGGGGCUCACAUGUUCUCUUUUCCCGCUAAAAUUUUGACCUUGAUUUUCUGUAAAAAAAUGUAAUGUGCAUAGAUAUAACCACUUCAAGAUGUAGUUGCUAUCUUUAACCAUUGAAUCCUGCCCUGAUUCCAGCUAAUCUCAAUAAAAUCAGAUCUUUGUUUAGUAGUUGUUUAUCGAGCUCUAAGAUCUAGGACAUCCCAUUACAAUUCACAUCAGCACGAUCUGUCAUCCAACCAAUCAUAACAUGGCUUACUAGAUUGGGAAAGUGACAAUAGGAACUUGUUUCUAAUCAUUAAACCUCAAAAAGGUUAACACAGUGUAUGCUUAAUGACAUUUACGGCUAUACGACUGAUUCUGAUCGUUUAUCUCUCGAUUCUAUGGUAUAAAACAUUUCAACCAGAAGAGACUGUGUGUACCCCUUGGGAAGUAUACAGCCGUCUUUGUACUGCCAUACAACUUCCGCUAUAUAUAAGACAUCAAGAAUUUUCUUUUGCUCAGUUUUCAGAGUCUGAAUCGAGAACAUUGUCAAAAUAUUUUUGAAAGCUCGGGCUCCUAUAGAAGUCUUCAGUUUGAAAGUAGUGCUACAAAACUUGAACAGGACUUCUGAUUGACUAAUGUAAACUUCUUGUUCAUCAUUUCAUUGGUCGGUCAAAAUUUGCGAAAGGUCGUUCUCAUCUGACCUGUAAUGGGAUGUCCUGAUAUCUUUUUGUUAUGGUAGCGAACACUGAGAUCUGAUUUUGAUUAGAAUGGGUUUCAGCGAGAGGGAAACCAACGAGUGAUCAGACCAAUGAGCACUAUGAUCAUUUCAACUCUUGUGCAGCCUGCGUCAUAGCCUAUAGCUCUCUUCUCGGCAACCGUAGUAUUCACUCAAAUUAUAUUCAUGUAUGAAAUGAGGCUUAUUUGACUCCCUGAAGUUAGUACAAAUCCUCAUUUCAUUAGCUGGCUGAAAUAUGGACGCGAGUAAAUAUGGAUGUUUGUAAUAACAUUUAUGGUUAUAUCACAGACUUGUAGAUAUGUUAUAUAGGUAUGUGGUAAUAUAUAUGAGCACUAUGAUUAUUUACUUUUGUAAAAUUUGUUGACUGUUGCAUGAUUCGUGGGGGGAAAUCAUUAAUGAUCUUGUAAUAAUAUAGGAUAUUUUUGUCAGUACUGUCAUGGAGUUUUAAUCAUUUUGGAUAAAGGAAGGAAAACUA